AUGAGCAGUGAUUUGCUCCCCCCUGCAGCUGGGCAAAAGUGCUUUGAGAACCUGCAUAGAUCCUGUGUCAAAACUGCCUACUCACCAGGCCCCCGCAUGAUUCUCUAUGCAGUGUUUGACUUUGGGGUCACGCUGACCAUAUUUGGAAACCUCUUGGUGAUGAUUUCGAUUCUUCAUUUCAAGCAGCUGCACACACCUACAAACUUUCUGAUCGUGCCCCUGGCUGCGUACACUGACUUCUUGGUGGGGGUGACUGUCAUGCCCUUAAGCACAGUGAGGUCCGUGGAGAGCUGCUGGUACUUUGGGGAGAGUUACUGUAAAUUUCACUCUUGUUUCGAAGAGUCUUUCUGCUACGCUUCUAUCUACCAUUUGGGUUUUAUUUCUCUCGAUAGAUACAUGGCUGUCACUGACCCUCUGGUCUACCCUGGGAAUCGCCUUCCUUUGAUAGCUUUCACUAUCACUGAUAGGCUACCAGUGAUAGCUUUCCUGAUUUCAUGGGUGCCAUGCUUCAUUGAUCCAAUAAUCAAUGCCUUCUUGGGUUUCAUCACACCCACAUAUAUUUAUGAAAUAUUGGUUUGGAUUGCUUACUAUAACUCAGCAAUUGACCCCUUAAUUUAUGCUUUCUUUUAUCCUUGGUUUCAAAAAGCCAUCAAACUGAUGGUCACUUGGCAGAGAAGAUCUUGA